UAAAAAAAACCCCGCUGCGGAUUGGAUUAGGACUGUAUUAUGGUGAGCACAGUCUACUAAGAAUGUCGCAUCAAGCGUUCAGUUUUCUAUUAUGCGUUGUUUGUAUACUCGUACAUGCUCACACAGCUGUGCAUCAUGUGGAGCUCCCUGACAGUUAUGUAUGCUCUAGUCUGAGUUGUUCAGUUUCCCAUUGUAUCCGCUAGCUUGAGCGGACCCAGGUGUAAGGACUUAGGAGUAAAUCUAGGAUGCUGUCCUGAGUUUGUCCAGUGUGUGUGUCGGUGAGGAAUAUCUGCUGUUAGUGGCUCGAUUGGCUUCAUGCGCACUACAAUGGAAUUGGCGGAGGAACAGCAGUCACAGUGGUAGCGGUGUAGGCAUACUAAUGACGUGGAUGGCCAUGGAGUAAGCAACUGCAGGCUUGAGGGUUUCCUUCAUUACGUCCAUGGGACCAAAGACAAAGUGUACUGCAGACCUGGUAGCGUGGCUGAGCAUAGCCUAUACAAUCAUGAUGCACUACGCUUCCUUGGCACUCUGGCGGGAUGUGUACACAUUUGUGUGCAUCAUGGGAGAUUUGUGGCAACACUGAGUCACUGUACUCCAUCAGCAAUCAAUGAAACCUUAGUCCAGUGCCAAGGCCAGAGGGCAGGCGACACUGCUAGUUGAACGCUUUGAAGCUAGUUGGUGCAUCCAAUGAUGCAUGUCUCUGGCUGUCUGUGCUGAAAAUGGCUGCAGCUUGGAGGAGAUGAGAUCCCUGGAGAGGCAUAUGGAGUUCGGCAACCGGACACGGUUACCCAAUGGCGAUGCAAUGACUCUGUCGUGCAGAUAUCGCAGUGACAAAACCGAGGACCUGGAAUGCAAGGAUGGUCACUUUGAGGGACGACGCCAGCUGACAUGUAACUAUUUCUGUGCCACGCCCAAGGUCUAUUUGAAGAGCAAAACCAGCAUUUGGACGCAUCUUCACAUUCCCGGAAUGGCCGCACCUCUGUAUCCUGAUGGCACAGAAGCGACACUAUCGUGCCCGCACCAGCAUGCCACACAGUCUCACCGGCGGCAGGCUUCGAUUGUGGCAACAUGCAGCAUAACGGUACAGUCUCGUGGAGCGCCUAAACCAGACUGGGACAAAAAGCUCCACUGUUACCAUGAGUCUCUGAAGCACUGCACCAUACUAGCAAGGGAAAUCACUGGCAAUGUCCACUUGCCGAUGGCAGGCAGGGGAUCAGAUUCUCAGCAUAACAUCUUGGUGAACCGAAGCCAUCUGCUACUUGGCCAAACGACACAGGUCUGGUGCGCAAACCGCCGAGAUCGUCACAUCAAGGUACGCUGUAGCUGGGGUGGCCUGGAGGUCAUCUCUACUCAACCUGAGAAUCAGUUGCUCACCAUGGACAAUCUCUGUAAAGAGCCAUGCAAGGCAACACUGAUAGAGUACAGUGGAAGCGUGGUACACCGCCAGUACUUGGUACAGGAGAGACUUGGUCGUGACUCUUUUCAGGCCUUUGCCGAGGGAACAUCCAUCGCGUAUAGUUGCCUGCCGGGAUUCGUCCCGAACGGUCGUGGCCGCUCGACGUGCAGUUUUGUUGAGGCUACUGCGGAACACUCAGCGACUCAUGCCUGGCUACCCACACCGACAUGCACGCUGCAGGUCUCAUGUGAUGUAGCUGAGCUGACUGCAAACAGCGCAAAUCUCACGGUAGCCUGGCUGGACGGAGCUGAGCUGAUAGCAGACGUGUCCUGCCCGCCAGGUUCUCACACGCUGGUCGGUAGCAGCCGCUUUCGCUGCGUGGACGGUCGCUGGGUUGCCAUGCUCCUUGCGCCAUCGUCUGCAGUAGCUGAUCGGGCACACCACCGCCACGGGACGCAGGCCAUUGUCACAGCAGACCAAGCCCGCGAUGAAACAGGCAAUGGUCCUCUGUUUGCUUACCCAACAUGUCGACCACAGGGCAGUUGUGAUGUGAACGCUGAGUUCUUGGCAAGCCUUGAGCAGCGCCACAUGGCUCUGGCAAAGCAGGGGCACAAUCUCGGACAUCGGGUUCGCGUAACGUGUCGUCCUGGGUACCGUUUGUCAUCCGGUCGCUCCACUGCCCUGGUUAGCUGCACAGACCCUGGUGAUGGCGGCGAUGGCUUUCACUCUAUCCACCGACUCAACUGUACAGACGAGAGAAAGCCUUGCCAAAACCCAUUCGCAAGACUGCAGCACCCGCAGAUCACCAGCUCUAGUGACCGCCACUUUCUGCAGCCGCACGAGUCGAUUGUGUUCACUUGCCGAAGUAACAGCCUGCUCAGCCUCACGUCAACAUGCCACGGGAAUGGUGUGUUUGACAAGCCUCCACACUUCCUCACUUGCCAAAACCCGUGUCGUCGACCAGAGAUUCACUUUGUGGAGAGGGGCCGGCGCACGCACGUCAAGCACUGCCUGCACCAAACGUGUUUGGAGAGUCAUGCCGAGAACAGCACUAUCAGCUACUCCUGCCCGAGCCAUUCCUGGUUGCACGGUGCUGCGAGUGGCAACACAUCAACAUGUGUCCUGGUAUCCAACAGCAACAGCAAAGGACAUGUGUGGAGCCCUGUACCAACCUGCUACCACAUCUCCUCAGAGCCAUCAUGUCUGCAGAGCGAUCUUCCAGUCAUCCGUGCCGGAACAUGUACGGCUAAUCAAGUGUCGCUCAACGGUCGACACAAGCAUGGCGUCACUGCACAGUGCACGUGCAAUCCUGGACGACGGGCGAGCAGCCGAGGCCUGCUGCGCUGCCAGCGACUGUCGACCGGCGUAGGCCGUGCAAACUGGUCAUGGUCAGACCCUGGCCGGCAGCCCCUGAAGUGCACCAGGAUAGUGUCUUAUAGCAGCUUUGGGAACAGUAACAGCAGCAGCAGCAGCAGCAGCAAUACUCAAGGUAUGGAUCCCUGUCCGCACAUCAACCAGUUGGACAGAUGCACGCAAGUGUACCGGCACCUGCUGCAUCUGCACUCGCCACAUACCACAGUGGGUAUGAACACUGACCAGGAGUUUAGUUGCCAGGCGAACAUGCCUACGGGAUGUCGGCAGGUGAGCUGCAUCUACCGACUGUGGAUACCGUACGGUAGAAGGAGCACUGUGCUGACUGCUAGCGUGCUGCGCAGUGAUCGCCUGAGACACGACCAGAGAGUGCACGCAUCAGCUCACCUCGAGCGUAUGGGUGCAGGCACGACACCCCCGCCAGCCUAUCCAUCUGUACCGGCAAGAAGUUGGCUAGUCAUCCCAGGCGGCGGCAGUGGCCCAGCUAACGAUGUCUGCGCUGCUUUGACCAUGACAGCAUCGGCUGCUUUUCCCGUGGAAGCCAGGCUUAUCCUAUAGCCUAUAGCCAAUUCGGUUGCAUACCUGAUUUGCAGUUGCUAGUGGCUGGUCCUGCGUACAUGCAUUGACAACUUCGCAAUCUCCAUAGAGGAAAACAAUGCGGGCUCUGACCCUGCACUUGCCAUUUUGCUUUGUUCUGUGAUUGAUGUGUCUUCUUGAUAAUGCCCAUCAAGUUGAUGUGGUGUCUGUCCACUUAUCCCUUGCUCUAGUUUCCAAGUCGCUGUGCUCCGAAAGCUGAGUCAGUAUUACUGUCAAAUUUAGUAGUACCCCCGGUGGUUCAAGCAGUUUUGAAGAUAUUUUUUGAAAAUUUAGAGCUAUGGCUGCAUGCCUAGGUGGGCCCAAACUUGAAGUUAUUUUCAUGAAAAUGCUAUUGAGUGCUACAUGUCUGUGCACACACACCACAGUGCAGUGCAAUCAAGUGCCAAGUACACAGUAAUAAUAAACCAUUCACGAGCUCCACUGUAGAUGUCUACACCUUGCAGAAAACUAUGACAUUGACUCUAUCUUAUGAGCUUCUGACCAUUUCUUGAGGUUCGAUGUUACCUACCAAAUUCGUGUUGCCCAUCAUGUGUUGUGAUCCUUCACUUUUGUCAUCCUAAUAAUCAUCUCUGGCUUGCAACUUCAUCUCUGCUAUUA